GGAGGGUAAUUGAGGUGGAGGGAAGGAGGGAGAGAAGGAGGUUAGGUUCACCAGAGGAAGGGGUAUAAAUGUCUAGGCUAAACCACUGUGUAUCCAGUACUCCCUUCGAGGCCACAUCCUGAACUCGUCUGGAACACAUAAACAGGUGCUCGGAAUGUUUUCUGAGGCGCUGCUUCUGCUGACGGCGACGGCGAUAGCAUCAGUGUCAGCUGGGGACACGAGGAUAGUGAACAAUCCGGGCGGCUUGGCUCACGGAAAGGGUUAUGGAUCGACCUCAUCUUUCACAUCUAGCUCAGGGUUCGCUGCUGGCGGAUUCGUUACUGGUGGCAACAUCAUUUCGGGCACAGUAAGUUCUGGAGGAGGCCAUCUAGGAGGAGGCCAUCUAGGAGGUGGCCAUCUAGGAGGAGGCCAACUAGGAGGAGGCCAUCUAGGAGGUGGCCAUCUAGGAGGAGGCCAACUAGGAGGAGGCCAUCUAGGAGGAGGCCAUCUUGGAGGGGGCCAUCUUGUGGGAGGUGGAGGAGGGUAUGGAAGUUUUGGAGGGGCCCUUCAUGGACAUGGGUCAAGUGGAGGUUUCGGCGGUCACGGCAUAUCUGGUGGUUUCGGCGGACAUGGCUCCGGAGGAUUCGCAUCAGGAGGACACGGCGGCUUCUCUUCCGGAGGGUAUGGAUCCGGGCACAGCUCUGGAGGCUUCGUAUCUGGAGGGCACGGUAGUGGUUUUGCUUCUGGAGGAUAUGGAUCUGGAGUUCAUGGGCACGGAACUGGAGGAUUUGCCUCCGGGGGCCACGGAGGGUUUUCAUCUGGUGGGUAUGGCGGCGGAGGCGGAGGCGGAGGCGGUUGCAAGUACUGGUGCAAAGGGUAUUCGGGACAAUACCACUGCUGUCAGACGCCUCAGCAGUCUGCUCUCGGUGGGUGGUGAAGAAGCGGUAAUCGAACUGCCGUCUCUGUCCUCCGUCUGCUCGUCCCAUUCUGAUCUGCCUUUCCCUGUCUCUCUGUUCAUCUAUUUGUCUGACUAUCAGUUUCUCUGUAUUUGCUAAUAAGUUUUGGAACGUUUUGUUAUUAUUGUAUUUGUUGUCAUGGAAAAAAUAAAUGAAAUACUGAAA